AUAAUAACACACUGCCCCAGUGUCCACUGCCUCAUUACUCGUGUUGUUUGCAGUUCAUUUGGGUAAACAUGUCCGAGCCUAAAGUGUGGUCUCGUUUUUCCGUUAAAGCCAAGGAUGGAAAAGUGUUGAAAUUACGCAUUGAAGCCAUGACGGAGGACAGAAGAGAGGAGUUGAUGAAUUUGUUAAUAAACUAUUUUAUACCGGAAGAGUCGCUGCACAAAAGUUUAGGUAUACCCCAAAAACCCGACGCAUUGGCAGAACUAAUAGAAACUUAUAAGGAAUUUUGGAGUGAAAAACCAAAUCAAAAUUUAACCAUUUGUGUGUCCGACGAUGAAACUGAAACCAGAGGUGAAUUACUUGGCGCAUCGCUGAUAGCUUUGGAAGCCAGAGAGGAUGCGUCUAAAGAAAAACCACAUUACGAACCGAACACUGAAGAAAUGAAGAAAUUUAUCGAAAUAUACUACGUUAUGGCAGCGAAAUACAAUGCUUUUGACAAAUACGAUUUUGAUAAGUUCUACAAUGGUAGAGGACUUGUUGUUCAUCCAAAAUGCAGAGGUCUUGGUAUCGCUCAAGAGUUCCUCAGAGUGAGACGACUGGUGUGCAAAGAAAAUAAUAUCCCAAUGACUGGAGCAUGGAUGACAGCAUACGGAACACAGAAGGCAGCCGCGCGUGACAACUGGGAAACCGUAUUCGAGAUGAAUACCGAAGAUUAUGCGAAGGAAGUAGGAAUUAAAUUUGAAAAUGUACCACCUACUUUUAUGUAUAUGAUUGGUAGAAGCGAAUAAAUCGUUUUAGUUUCUUCAUAAAUUGUAAAGUAAAAGAAACAACUUAAGUAAAUGCCAUAAAAAUAACUACAACACAAAUGACGUACAGUUAAAGCUAUAAUGCCUCUUUGAGACUAUCGUCGAAUAAUUCAUUCAGUUCACGAAUAUAUGACUAUGAAUUAUGAGUAAUUAAUAUACACAACUAAGCUGUUUAAACAUUAAUGCUCGUAUCUAUUCGACUAAUCGAGAAGUAUCUAUACCAGACGUAAAAGAAAAAAAAUCCACAAACCAAACCUCAUAAUUAUUUACAAAAAAGGAUUAUAACUAUUCCUUACUGGCAAUGAUGAUAUUAGCUCCUUAUGGUAAAAGUUUUUUGUAAUUAUUAUCAUGCAUCAAAAUAAAAUUUAAUAAGAUUAUAUUUUAUUACCAUUAAAUAAAUCCUGAGCAGAAUA